AUGGACGAACCAAUACCUUCCAUCACUUCCAGUAGAGAAUUUCAAAAGCGAGUCUUACCUUCGCGUUCUCGACGCGGUGGGCCUGGUGUAGGCAACUGUGAAACAGAUAUCAUGAUACUCGAUACAUUCAAAAGACAAUCGGAAAAUGACCCAUUGAUUCCUAAAGACACCCCCUUUUUCCUAACAACAGAUUCCAAUCUUGCCCCUUCCGAAGCGUCCACUUCCUCUAUAAAUAUCAAUGCUCGCGGUUACGAACGAUAUUUCGACCGACCGGACGUGAUAGAGGGGUAUCGUGAACAGAAAAUGAUUGAAACACCCGUGUUUGAGGCUAUCGGUGAAGGUGAAGGCGUCGUAAGCCGGUUCAGGCCUCGUAUAGUCGAAACGCAAGCAGUGGACACUUCCGAUGAGGCGUAUUUGCAAAGACAUCGAAAGUACGAAAAGUUCGAGAAACGUCAGCGGCUGCGAGAGAAGGAGAAGCUGCAACACGAGCAGUACAAGCUUCGUGAACGGGUCGAGCAACUUCGCGCCAUGGAUUACUCUGCAUUUCUCGCUCUACCUGCCUCUUCCUUCGCACUCUUCCCAGACGGCCAAGAAUUGGAUGCGAGUGGUCAACUAUUGAACGGCUCUUCCGUUACCGAAGGUGAACGACGUAAAAAAGAAAUGCUGGCUGUCGCUGAGUCAUUGGAAGAACGCUACAAAAUAUUGCUACCUCCCAGUCAAAAAUGGCGCAAAUACCUUUCAGCUUCGGCAGAGGGCUACGAGCAGGCAGACCUUUCCACUGCAGCUUCUACUUCCAAACGAUAUCCUUUACCUGACGAUGGGGAAUCAGAAGUCGAAGAAAAAGAAGAACUCGAAGAGGAUUCUUUGUCCAAGCAGCCUAUUAAGCUGAAGCUAAACUUCAGUAAAUCCGUCGAGCCGCCGGUCAAGCGUUCUCGUCCUACGAAGAAAGAAAAGAAGCAUAAGAACGAUACUCUUGUCCCCUCUCCACCCGCCGAACGCUUUGAACCGUUAUCACCACCAACUGGCACCCCCCGAAAGAUUUCUUCACUUCCUCCUUCCGCCCCCUCUCCUAUGCAUCCCGAAAUUGCUACACUAUCUAUACCCGAUUCUGACCAGAUACUAAUAACUGAUGAAAUCGACCAAUUGGCGGAAUCGUCGCAAUCCAAAUUCGAACCGUUGUCACACAAAUCGAACGAAAAACGAUUUGCCUCUAAAAGACGUGGUCGGCUAUCCAGGAAUAAACUGAUGUCGCCGUCAGACGUCGUACUAGAUGGAUCCGCUGAAGCACUCAUUGAUGAGCUCGCAACGCCCACACCAGAAACCCCACUUCCUGUUUCACAACCUGUUCGUAAAAAGCGUCGCACGACGGUCGCUGUCGACGAAUCUUCCGCUGUUUUUCCGGAUAAAGAAAGUGGUUCGAUGCCUCCGCCUCCCCACCCAGAUGCUGCUAUCUGGGGGGAAUCCAUUUCUGCACCUGUCGCUCGUAGAUCUUUAUCGCGCGCGCCACCACGCAUUAAAAAGGAAUGUGGUCUCGUCCUCGCUGCUCAAAAUUACGAAAAAGGGAGUUCGAGAAUCCGAAGGCAGCGGCAUAAUAUUGCCUGGGGAUUCAAAGUUCCUUCCGAUGUUACUGAUAUGGAGAUGGAUUUUGAGCUACCCCUGUGGUUGUUACACGACGAUACUUUUCAACUCAGGUUUUCUUUACAUAUCGGCUUCGAAGAGGAUCCCAGGUAUACACAGCAGAUAAACCCGUCCUUCAAGCUGAAUCCACGGUUCGUAAACGGAGAGCGCGUGUGUACACCGGAAAACGAACGUCUUGUGAAUGCUCUAGAAACUUCGCAUAGAGAACACAGCGAAGAGUCUCAAAGCGAGGAUUCGGGAAGUGAGUAUGAGGAUGGCGAAGGAAUGAAGAAAGCCAUUGUCAUCGGUGGUGAUGAAUCGUUUGAAAUAGAGCAACAAGAAGACGAGGUAGAGCCAGGCAACAUAGGUGGAGAAGAAGAAGAAAUGAUGAUAAGAAAGAAAGAUGAGGGUGGUGAGCUUUCAGAAGAUAGAAAUAACGACGUCGAAGGAAUGAUAGUAGAUCGAGAAGAGGCAGAUCGGGAGGCCCGAAUGGCGAUGAACAAAAAAUUGUGGUAG